AUGAGUACUGAUGGACAGCCAUUGGUGAAAACCGAUAAGGAGGCGACAAGGUCAAAGAAAAUUGCUUGUGUCGAAUGCCGACAGCAGAAGGCCAAGUGCGAUGCCCACGAAACGGCCCCCGAGCCCUGUACCAGAUGCAAGCGGCGAAAAUUGCCGUGUGAGCUGAAAUCAGACUACAAGAGAACUUACAAACGCGCCAAAAUAGCACAGUUAGAGAAAGAGUAUGAAUUUCUUCGACAACGGCUUCAGGGAGACGUGAGAAGUAUGGAGUACGUUCCUCAGAUCACUACACUUCCUCCCCUAAAUGCCGUUACCGCACCUCUUCCCGGUCCUCCACCGCCGCAGACCAUACCUCCAAUCCUACCAUUUGUGUCUCCAUCCCCGUCUCCAGCUACUGCGCCCUCUACGGUGCCAACUGGUCCAGCAGUAAUGCGGAACACGACCGAGUCCACAUUUUUUGGCACUAAAGGCCCCGAUCCUGUUGCGGUUCCCCGAGUACAUAUAGACCCGUCUCUGUACAUGUGCUCCCCAAAAUCUCUUGGAGACGUUAAUCUUUCAGAGGACCAAAUCAGGGCUCUUUUUUACGAGUACGUUGAACGCUACCACCCGAUCCUGCCCGUCGUUGAUGUCCACAAAGGUGUGGAAAAAUUGUACAAAUUGUGCCCAGUGCUUUUUUGGACCAUCAUGUACACAGGACUACGAAAACAUCAGUCAUCGGCCAUUUCGAGAGAGGAAUCCAGCCGGCUCUAUUUUGCACUUUCUCCGAUUCUCAAGUCCGCUUUGGCAGAACUCGCAAUUGCGCCAAUUACGAGAUAUGCACCUGCAGAGAUGGAAGAGGCCAUUCUCAACGUUUCCAGUGUUUUCUCUGUUCAGGCCUUACUAAUUUACACCUACUGGCCCCCUUUGAAGUCCUCGUUGAGCGCUGACGCGAGCUGGAACUCAAUAGGAAUGGCCAUUUUCCAGGCUAUUAGAAUUGGACUCCAUGUGCCGGGUCAUUCGUCUGACGGUAUGAAAACAAACAACAUGGAUUUAUUACAGGAGCAGGUGAGAACUUGGCUAUGCUGCAAUGCGGUGUCCCAGAUUAUUGGUACUGCGUUUGGCUUUCCUAGCUUUGUCCAGCUCGACACGUCUUUGUUGAUGUCGUGCAAGCCAAACAGUGCGCUGGAGAUCCCUGAUUCACUGAGGCAGAUGGUUGAAAUCCAGUUGUUUGAGGACUGUCUGGCCAAAACACUGAACAGUAAUCCUUUGGACCCUCUGCGACUAGUGGAUGCCUCAGAAAGACUCCCGUUGCUGCAGCUACUACACAAUCAACUGGACCAGUUAGAAAUUAAGCUGCUGACGGACUUCGCCCAUCCUGUGGACGACAUGUUGCGGAUGAACCUUUACGCUGCCAGACUGCACAUUACAACAUACUAUUUUCUGGACACCGAUAGAAUUGCACCUUUCGAGCUCACCAAAGGCAUGACUAAAGCAUACAAUGCUGCGUUGGCCGUUAUUAUGCACUGCAAAGAUGCCCAGGCCAGAGAUAAAGGUUUCAUGAAGUACAUGCCCGGGGUCCAUGUCCUGACAAUCUGGCAGGCUGCCUUUAUCAUUGCCAAACUCGUGCACUCCUCGUAUUCCUCGUUUGUGGAUGUUGGUGCUGGAAAGGAGGCUUACCAAAGCGCAAUCAACCUCGUUUUGAAGGCUUCGGUCGUCAAGCACGACAUGGCACACAGAUCCUCGGGAAUCAUGCGCUCGCUCUGGCCCCUGUUCAAGACGCUACAUGAACGUGGAGACGAGUUCCAGAAAGUUACUGUGCGUUCGCGGAUGGCUGCGAGCGUGUUUUUUGACUGUCUAUGGAUUUUGCGUGAGAAGAGCGGUAUGAUCAAGCUGGCACCGCGCGAAAGCUCCUCAAACGUCGACAGCGGAGCAGCAGACGAAGAGUCAGAGUCGGAGGCCUACGAAGAUGCUGUGGACUCCAACUCGGAGUCUGAAGCGACACCCGAUGAUCAACAGAUUGCCAAGGACGUUCACGACACGCCCGGUUCGUCUAUUUCGUCCCAGUCGCGGAGACGGAGAAAACAAAGAAGCUUGUCAAACACGCUGCAUCCAGAAUCGUCUGCCCGUAAAAUUAUCAAAACAAUUCCGCUUGAUCCCCAGCCGAUAGCUUUGAGCGACAAGCAGGACCGCAGCAGUGCCGCUUCAAGCAGUAAGGCGUCGCCAUUUUUGUCACAGUACAAAUCGCCUCCGGAGCAGACCAAAGUGCAACCGGAAAAUACGAAAAAGACGCGCAAAUCAGACACGAGCGAAAACCGCGAGUUCCCGCUGGACUCGUGGGAGAUGGUGACGGACAUCGAUUCGGACUUUCUGUUUAAGAAUAUCGACACAGUGAUGGAUGUGUUCGGGUUCCAUGCUGAGUAA